UUUAUUCAUUUCAAUUCCAGCCAGCCCUGGAAACCACCCCUGACCACCCCUUUUGACCGGAGCGUGUAUCAUACGCACUUACACACCAGCUUGAAAGAUAACAUGAGUCCAAAAGGUGGGACCAGGGAGGACAUGAAAAAACGGCAUCGCAUCUUAUGUAUAGAGUACAGGGAAGAGAAGUAAAGCAUAACGUUGGUGUCGGGUGUUCCUCUGCACUUAGCCGUUUUCCUUUGCUUUUCUCUGUCAAAAAAACCAAUCUUGAUGCCCAUUAUCUCUCUCUUUCUCUCUCUCGCUUUAUAUAGCACACAUUUCUUUUUCACUGUACUUUAGGAGGGAGAAACAAGACCGAGCAGUCCUGAUCAUCAUUAAAGACAACACAUUCACAGAGAUUCGAGAGCAUAAGAGUUUUUAGUUUGAAUUUUCUUUGAAAACCCAGAAAAGGGAUAUAAAAAAAGAGAGACCUUGUUUGCUUUUUCUUAAACAAAAAAAAGUUUUGUUUGGGAUUGAAUAAUGGGAUCAUCUGCAGGGCAAGGCAGUGGUUUUGAUCUCUCAUUCAAGAUCUUGUUGAUCGGUGAUUCUGGGGUUGGUAAAAGCAGUCUUCUUGUCAGUUUUAUUUCCAGCUCUGUAGAGGAUCUUUCCCCCACCAUUGGUGUGGAUUUUAAGAUCAAGCAGCUAAUAGUAGGUGGGAAGCGAUUGAAGCUUACAAUUUGGGAUACUGCUGGACAAGAGAGAUUCAGAACAUUAACAAGCUCUUAUUAUAGAAAUGCACAAGGAAUCAUGCUUGUUUAUGAUGUGACACGGAGAGAAACCUUUACAAACUUAUCAGAUGUGUGGGCUAAAGAAGUUGACCUCUACUGCACAAAUAAAGACUGUGUGAAGAUGCUUGUUGGAAAUAAAGUUGAUAUAGAGUCUGAAGGGGUUGUAAGUAAAGAAGAGGGAAUGGGUCUUGCAAAAGAGCAUGGAUGUACAUUUCUUGAAUGUAGUGCUAAAACCAGACAAAAUGUAGAGCAAUGCUUUGAAGAACUGGCACUCAAGAUAAUGGAAAUUCCUAGUCUUUUGGAAGAAGGAUCUAGUGCAGUGAAGAGAAAUAUUUUAAAGCAGAAACAGGAAAACCAAUCACCUCCUUCUAAAUAUAGUGGAGGUUGUUGCUCCUCAUAAGCUGCAAGAAGCAGAUGGCAUGUACAAUGAGUUUCCACCACACACCAUGAACAGAUCAUGUAUAUGAUAAUUGCUCUGCUUGUUUUGUUUCUUGCUGUGUUCUUUUACUGCCACCAUUAUUGCGGCCGCGGGAGUUGCGUUGCUCGUUUGUAUCAUUCUGGGAAUACAGGCAUUCAAACAACAUCCAUUAGCUUAUGUAUAUUUGUUUGCGUUUGUUUUUGUUGGUCAAUAUUCACAGCUCUUGUUGCAAGAACAUAAUUUAUUCUAUUCUAUUCUAUUGGUUUAAAUUAAUGUGCUUUUUUAUUCUA